AUGGCUAAGGACAUUGGAUUUGAGAACUCAGCAGGAGCUAUAAAGCAUCAAGCUGUGGCACUCCGCGUCUCAGGUGAUAUGGCCAUCUUCUACAAUUGCCAGAUCGAUGGUUACCAGGACACUCUCUACGCUCACUCGUACCGGCAAUUCUACCGGGACUGUAACAUCACCGGCACCAUCGACUUCAUCUUUGGCGACGCCUCGGCUGUCUUCCAAAACUGCAGGAUGAUUGUGAGGAAACCACUAGACAACCAGGCCUGCAUGGUCACCGCUCAGGGAAGGAAAGACAAGCGUGGACAAGGUGCGACUGUCCUCCAAAACUGCUACAUCACCGCAGAACCGGCAUUUAUCGCCGCUACACUGCCGUUCAAAUCGUACCUCGGACGACCAUGGAAGGACUUCUCUAGAACCAUCAUCAUGCAGUCUUUCAUUGAUAGCACUAUUGAUCCAGAAGGAUGGGCUCCAUGGGCUGGUACUUAUGCCCUUGACACCUUGUGGUAUGCUGAGUAUGACAACACAGGCCCAGGUGCUGGGCAGGCCGCAAGAGUGAAAUGGAGUGGUAUCAAGAAGAUUUCUCCACAGGAAGCUGAGGGUUUCACCCCUGCAAAGUUCAUUGAGGGUGAUAUUUGGAUCAAGCCCACUGGCAUCCCCUAUGAUUCUGGGAUGAUGCAAUCAUUAAAAGUGUCCUCUGUAAUGUGA